AUGGGUGGCAUUGAUCCACAAUUAGAAGAAAUAUUAGCAGAAGGCAAACGUUUUGUACAAUGUCAAACACCAAAGAUGCUCAAAAACAGAAGAAGAGCACGUGUGAUCAUACUUGCGAUUCAAGAUCUAAUUCCAGAUAUUGAUAUAAGCACAGAGCCAGUGACAUUCAGUUCACUCUUUAUUGAAUCGCUUGGGCGUCAUCGUAUGGUUGUCAUGGGUAUUUAUCGGCUUUUGGAUGUACUUUUUCAGAAAGAUCCAAGUCCAAAAAGUGAUCGACCGGUCGACCAUAACAAGCGCAUCGUCAUUUACUAUCCACCAUACAAUUAUGAAAUUGAUCCGUCCGAUCUGGUCUGCAUAUUCUAA